AUGAAUAUGCAGUUCCAGAUCUUGGUAGGUCUGUUUUUUCUUUUAUUGGCGCCUGGAGGACUAGCCAACUACCUUGGGAGGGUCAAUUGUUUUGAAAAAAGGUUGCAUCUCCACGGAGUCAAGGGUGCUAAAGCGCUUUUCAGCCGGGCCAUGGAAAACUUUUUACUUCUGAUUUCUAUCCUUAAAACUCCGAUUUUUCGAACUCUUUGUCCCGAUCUCUUAAGUAAAAUCCGGUUGAUGCCCAAAUUCCCAUUGAAAUGCAGAAGUCGAAAAUCCAUUUGGGUUAGGAGAUAUGAAGUAAGCAGUAUUGGAUGGAUCCUUAGUUCGGGGGCUACUGGGCCGGUUCUUGGAGAUCAAAAAAGUUCUCCGUUUUCUUCUAAGUGUUGA